CCGCCGUCUACAGGGUCUCCAGUCCCGGAGCGUCGGUGCGCGGAGCCCGAAAUCGGUUACGGCUGGCGCCCGGGCUCCGGGCCGUGUGGUCCUCCGGCCAGUUUGGGGAUUGGCUUGGGUCUCUUGAGAACAAGCCUUCCCGUUAACUAGGAGACCUGAGGGUACCUGCAGGACGAGUCAGCGUUGGUCUUGGUUGAUAAAUAUGUCCUUGGUACUCCUUGCAGGGGCUGGGGUGGCUGCCGUUUGGCCCGCCGUCGCUUCCCCGCGGAACACUUAGAACUUCAAACUGCUGUAUAAAUCCGAGCACUAAUGAGUGUGCCCAGGACUGUGCUCUGGGGAAAGUGGCCGAGAGAAAAUUCAAUCAGAGUGGGGAAGCCGGACGGAAUCUAUCCCGCCCCCGGCCCCCGCCGGCAGUCUCGACUGUUGACUUGAGCCCUGGAAAAUCGCUAAUCUGCGCACUGCCCCUCACUCACCACAUCUGCUAUAUUACCCGCGUGGACCCAUCCUCUGACCAUGUGUAACCUCUUGGCCUCCAUUCCCAUCAAUACCGGGCCUCAUCUGUAUCCAUUCCGCUUGCUGGCUACUUCUGGGCCUAAGAGAGAUAAGGCGACAUCUCUGUCUCCAGUAGAUCAUAGUCCAGUGGAAGAUAAUGCAGACAUGCAUCCAGUCACCACAGGUUUAUUUGCAGACUGACAGUAUUCCAGGGAUCUUUAUCGCAGGAUUGUGGUCAGGAUUCAGUGGAAAAGAACUUGGGAGUCUCCCUUCCUUGAAAAGUUCAGCGGGCAGACUUCAUGCAUGGUGGGACCUGGGGUGCUUCGAAGUGGCCGCCAGUGAUCUCUAGGGCAGUUUUGUGGUGGUGGGCUGCCCCUCAGGACAGCUGCCCACCAGGGUGUCAGGCAACCUUGGUGGAAGAGGAAAAGACUUUGUGAGUGGCCUGGGUACGUCCUUUGGGCAUCCCAUUGGUCAGGCCAAGGUCUUAGCCACACCACUACCUGAAUUCUGAGGACUCAGCUUGGGAGUGAGGUGCCCAGAGGAAGAGGGAGCAGGCUGAGUGGAUGCUGGGCAGCAGCCUCACUGACAUGAAACUGAAGGAAAAUGUGCCCUGUGGGGAGGAGUCGUUGUUUCCCCUCCGUUUUUGUGUUAGAGGUCUUCAUUGAUGCCAUUGCCUUUUUUUUUCCCCUUACACUCUUCUUCCGUGUAAGUGAUACACCUUGUGUGCCAUGAGGUCAAUUUUGUCCUGUAGAUUCUUUGUUUUCAUGUUUUGAUGCCUUUGUAUCUUUUUUCCACCCUCUCCUUUUUGCUGUUGUGUUUAGGUGGGGAAAAUUGAGAGAAACAGCUUUACCUGGAGGGGACAUGAGAAACCUGAGAGAGGCAAAGAAAGGUAGUUGGAGAGCCGUUUCCUCUUUAUGAACUGAGUAGUUGAGUCAUGAGCAGCAACAGCAAUAAGAGAGCUCCAACGACAGCAACCCAGAGACUGAAGCAGGACUACCUUCGGAUCAAGAAGGACCCGGUGCCUUAUAUCUGUGCUGAGCCCCUCCCUUCAAACAUCCUCGAAUGGCACUAUGUUGUCCGAGGCCCUGAGAUGACUCCUUACGAGGGCGGCUACUAUCACGGAAAACUAAUCUUCCCCCGAGAGUUUCCCUUUAAGCCUCCUAGUAUUUAUAUGAUAACCCCCAAUGGAAGAUUUAAGUGCAACACGAGGUUGUGUCUUUCCAUCACCGAUUUCCACCCUGACACCUGGAACCCAGCAUGGUCUGUCUCAACCAUCCUCACGGGGCUCCUUAGCUUCAUGGUGGAGAAGGGCCCCACGUUGGGCAGCAUCGAGACCUCGGACUUCACGAAAAGACAAUUGGCUGCACAGAGCUUAGUGUUCAACCUAAAAGACAAAGUCUUCUGUGAACUGUUUCCUGACGUUGUGGAGGAAAUUAAGCAGAAGCAGAAAACCCAGGAUGAGCUCAGCAGCAGGCCCCCAACCCUGCCCCUGCCAGAUGUGGUCCCCGACGGUGAGACCCACCUUGGCCAGCACGGGGCCCCGCUGUUCAACGGGCACGCGCCAGCGGCUGGGCCGAACCCCCCGGGGCUGCAGCAGGCCAACCGCCACCACGGACUCUUGGGGGGCGCGCUGGCGAACUUGUUUGUCAUCGUGGGGUUUGCCGCCUUCGCCUACACAGUCAAGUAUGUGCUGCGGAGCAUAGCGCAGGAGUGACAGCACAGCGAUAUCCUCGGGGCAGCCAGGCCAGGCACGGACAGCGGCAGGGCCAUGGCGGGCAGACGUGUGGCAAGUGUGGUGCCUCACCUGACUCCUGCGUUUAGCUCUUUAAAACCUGGAAAAGGACAAAACCAAAGGGUGAUUGGAGGAGGCGGAGUGAGCCCUUGAAGCCCUCUUCUCCCAGUGGUAUCAUCGGGGUUGGGGCCAUGGAGCUGCUCGGGGCGCGUCCAACAUGCGGUGCCGUCCGACACGUGGGCCGUCACGCUUUGAUUUUUAUAGCACAUUUCCUGUUUUGUCUUUGGACUUGUUUUAGUAAACAUGUUUUUCAUUUUAUUAGAUUUGGUCACUUAAAAAUACAAAUCUCAAAAGCCUAUGAAGUACUCAGUGUGUAUCUUAGUGGGAUGUUCUGAUGGCCGGGCAGAAAGCCCAUGUUUGCCCAUCCUGUGUGUUCCCCCCAGUUCCUGCAGGGUGUCCCUUAUGAGCCCCUCGUGUCCCUCUCAUGUCUCCCUGUGUUCUCUGAUGGCCCGUGUGUGUCCCCCAGCCUCAAUGCCAUUCUUCUGGUACUGGUCUGGCUGUCAGCAAGGUGGGGCUGUGAAGGAGAUGGCGUGCUCUCCUCUGUGCUGGGUGAUGGGCACAGUGCCAGGGAGCCUUUGCCAAACAGUCUCUGAAUGAGGUUGAGGGCUGGGGAGCCCAGUCAGCGAUGGGAACACCCAUGACAGACACCUACUGGGACCUGGCCGACCUUGGUGUGUUCAGGGAGCCAGAGGAUUUCCUCUAGGAGAAUUCUGUCUGCACUGAAGCUGCCGUGAGAAGCUGCCACUCUGACCGCCAGGGGUCGUCAUUCCCCAAGGAGCGCAUUUCUUCCAGUUUUACUCAAGCAAGAGAGAGAAGUCACACACGCUGGACCGCCACUGCAAGGAUCAUUGCCCAAAAGCUGCCCUUUGCCAGGCAUCUGCUCUGAAACCCCGUGUUUGCCGCAGCCCGGGAGGAGUGGGCCCAGUUUGGUAGUAAGCCCAGGUGGCAGUGAUGGUGAACACAGCCUUACACCUCUGGCUUGGGCUGAGAUGGGCUGCAUGUUCACAUUGGGUGAUGGAACUUGGCGUCACAGAGGGAAUGGCUGCCCUCACAAGGCAUGUCCAGGUUUAGUGUAAAAACCCAAUGUGACCUUGCUUUUGAGUUCGAUUACCCCAAAUUCC